GCUUAUCAUACCCAAUUUGGUGACUAACUCUUGCCCACCAUCUGUUUGUAAAAUUGUCUGAGAGUCAAAAUUCCAGUAAAUUGAGCAGCAAAAAUGGCUGAAAAAUGGAAGAAGACAGCUCUCUUUGUCAUAGAUAUGCAAAAAGAUUUCGUGUUGCCGGGUGCGCCGUUGCUGGUGGAUGGUGCUGCUGCUAUUGUUCCUGAUGUUAUCAAAGCUGUUCAAGUUGCAAGAGAGCGUGGCAUGCUUGUUGUUUGGGUUGUUCGGGAGCAUGAUUCAUUAGGGAGAGACGUUGAACUCUUUAGAAGGCACUUAUAUACCGAGAAAGGGGGACCUACUGUAAAAGGACGCGAAGGUGCUGAACUCGUGGAAGGACUUGAGAUACACGAAGGGGAUUAUAAGUUGGUUAAGACGCGGUUUAGUGCAUUCUUCGCUACACACCUUCAUUCGUUUCUGCAGACUUCAGGAAUUGAUAGCUUGGUAAUUGUUGGAAUUCAAACUCCUAAUUGCAUCAGGCAGACAGUAUUUGAUGCAGUAGCAUUGGAUUACCCUUCUGUAUCUGUUAUUGUUGAUGCCACAGCUGCUAAAACUCCCGAAGUUCAUUCUGCCAAUAUUUUUGACAUGAAGAAUAUUGGGGUAGCCACUCCAACCUUGAGCGAAUGGUGCGAGGCAAAUUGAUGCAAGUUUCUUACUUUGUUGUAACACCAUUUUAUAUGGCCCUGUUAAUAAUGUACUUGCUAGUUGCUAGUUGUUGAGCCGCGAUGGAAGGCAGCCCAAAAGGAUUUUUGUACCAUAAAGUCCAUAACAUACACUGAUACACUUGUACUUCAUCUAUGUGCUGGAAAGAUGAGUAAUUCGCCUAAAUGAAUGAUUAUUUUUGUUUGAUAUAA